AUGCAGAAGCAGCAAGCGAGAGAUCCAGCUGCUCUCCAGAAGGACCAAUCACACAGCUGCUUCAAGAAGUGUUUGCGGUUCAACCCGGAUGCGACCGUUUGGAAGGCCAAGCAGCAGGUGCUAUGUUCUCUGACCGAUUCGUUGCGGGACGUGUUGAACUACGGCUUGUUCCAACCAGCCACCGAAGGCCAUGACGCCAAGUUCCUGGAGGAGGAGAAGAUGCUGAGAGAGUACCCACAAUCCUUUGAGAAGGGGGUACCAUAUCUGGAGUUUCGUUACAAGACCAGAGUGUACAAACAGACCAAUCUAGAUGAGAAACAGCUGGCUAAACUGCACACUAAGGCCAGUCUGAAGAAGUUCAUGGACUACAUCCAAAGUGGCUCUGUGGACAAGAUGGCCAAGUUCUUGGACAAAGGGCUUGACCCCAACUACCAGGACCCUGACACAGGAGAAACCCCCCUGACGUUGGCGGUGCAGUGUGAGCCGGGGGGAGGGGAGGCCAUACGGGGGCUGGUGCUGGGAGGGGCUCAUCUUGAUUUCAGGUCCAAGGACGGACUCACACCUCUACACAAGGCUGUCCGCAGCCACUGCCACACAGCCUUGCUGACCUUGCUGUCUCUGGGUGCGUCUCCGGACUAUAAGGACCGGCGGGGGCUGACUCCGCUCUACCACACUGUGCUGACAGGGGGAGACACCUCCUGCUGUGAGACCCUGCUCCACCACCGCGCCAAGCUGGCCGUCAGGGACGAGAACGGCUGGGAUGAGACACACCAGGCCUGUCAGAAUGGCAACGCCCAGCAUCUGGAGCACCUUCUUUUUUACGGGGCAGACUCCACUUCCCAGAAUGCCUCAGGAAACACUGCCUUGCACGUUUGUGCUUUAUACAACAAGGACAGCUGUGCACGAAUUCUACUUUACAGGGGAGCCAAUAAAGACACAAAGAAUAACAGUGGGCAGAACCCAUUUCAGGUGGCUGUCAUGUCCGGACAUUUUGAGCUAGGAGAGAUUAUCAAAAACCACCGGGACACAUAUGUAGUACCUUUUCUUGAGUCUCCCAAAUACGCCCCUCAGAGGCGAGAGAGUGCGCCGCGCACCCUGGCGCUGCCCCACCCUCACCCCUUCCUUCGUGCCAACAGUGAUAACAGUAUGAACCUGCCUGACUGGAUGGCACUGCCCAAUACACCAGGCUCCAACAUUGUGUCUGUACAGGGCUAUAAGCAUUCAGGUACCAUGCGUAGCUCCAGUAGUCCCCGUGGGGCGCGGACUCGCUCCCCGUCCCGAGGGAGAGCAGGGGAUAAGGAGGACAGGAGUCGGCAGAGUCGGAGGCAGGGAGGAGAAGGAGGGGGAGCAGGAGGAGGAGGAGCAGGAGGGGGAGCAGGAGGAGGAGCAGGAGGGGGAGCAGGAGGGGCGGGGUCUGUCAGCAGCAAUACGGUUACGGCUGCAGGGGGUCAGCGGAGGCGUCUCUACAGCGCCGUCCCAGGACGUGUGUUUGUGGCCACGCGCUCCCACUCCGCCCAGGGAGACAGAGAGAUUAGCAUCAGCAAGGGAGACAAAGUCAAAGUGCUGAGUGUGGGCGAGGGAGGCUUCUGGGAGGGCACGGUUAAGGGACGGACCGGCUGGUUCCCCUCAGACUGUGUAGAGGAAGUGGCAGUCCGUAGCCAGGACAACCGCUCAGAGAGCCGCAGUGAGAAAGCCAAGAGACUGUUUCGUCAUUACACCGUGGGCUCCUACGACAGCUUCGACGCUCCCAGGUAAGGAUGGGGAGACUUUCUCUACAGUGUCAUACUCAGAGGUCUACCUGGAAGUCAGUGAGUUGAGUGAUCUUGCCCUGGAUAUGCUUGGGGUAUGUUGGAGUGAGUUGUGUCGCUGUAAGAUGGGCUUUGUUAGAGUGAUCUACAGUACUGUGUCAACUUGUGUUUGGGACUAUGGGUAAUAUACUGUAUAUUAACCUCAUCUGUGUUGUAUGUGUGGAAGUGAUCCACUAGAGACUAUGAUUGGGUGAUCUACUGUGCGAUGGAUUGUGAUUGGGGGAUCUAUUGUGCGAUGGAUUGUGAUUGGGUGAUCUACUGUGCGAUGGAUUUUGAUUGUGUGAUCUACUGUGCGAUGGAUUGUGAUUGGGUGAUCUACUGUGCGAUGGAUUGUGAUUGGGUGAUCUACUGUGCGAAGGAUUGUGAUUGGGUGAUAUACUGUGAUGUAAGCUGGGCUGUAAUGGAUCUGUUAUGAGUUGGACAGUGCUGGGGACUAUCUGCUACUAUCUGAAAUUACAUACAGUACUGGUCUGAUAUCUGAAAUUACAUACAGUACUGGUCUGAUAUCGGAAGUUACA